AUGGCCGCCACAACAACCACACACUCAGCAAGCAGCUGGGAAGCCAAAUUUACUGCUACCUUUGACGCGAUCUGCGCAGCAUUUUGGAGCCGACUGGAGGCCCGUCAAGCAGAACGGAUACUCACCGUACCCUUGGUACCUGCGGUACCCCCUGGGCCAGGAGUCACAAUGGGCGCGGUGCCCGUCAAGCAGCCACACAAGAGGGAAACUGCCUGUGGUAUGGAGAAUCCCCAGGACGUCAACCCUUUCAAGGGAGCUGGAGGGGCUGGUGGUUCCCAGGCACCGGCUCGUCGGCCGACCCGGGUUCGGCGGGCGGAGCGGAUGAUGGAACGCCGCUCGAUUGAUCCAUACAAAAAUACAGUUCUUCAUGCACCCGAGGGCCUCUUGACACAGAGGGGAUGCUGGAGCAGAAACACCAAGCAAACCAUGGAGAAGUGCAGAAUUGGCUCCCAGAAGAAGCCUGCUUGUGGCAUCGGCUAA